UGUGUCGGCUCACCGGAUGCACCAUCUGGCGGUGGCUCGCUUCACUUUUUUCCUCACAGGGGUGGUGGCCGCUGUUUUGCUUCAGAGCUUCCCGGAUCAGCCCACGAAAGCAUGGGAAUGUUGCGAGGGAAUUUCUGACUAAACUUGUGUUAAAGUGUUAGAUAAGUUGCAGUAAGUCCCCUCCACGGGCUGUUGGACACCUCAGGAGCCUCCGCCGUAGCGUCAAAGGCCGGUAACGACACGCUGUUUGCCCGCUUCACCGGCGACCGAGUCCGGACAAAGAAAAGAGACUUGUGCGCUAACGAUAGCUGGCUCCCGGGCUAAUGCAGGCCAUAAAGUGUGUCGUUGUCGGAGACGGAGCUGUGGGUAAGACAUGCCUGCUCAUCAGCUACACCACCAAUGCCUUUCCUGGAGAGUACAUCCCCACAGUGUUCGACAACUACUCCGCCAAUGUUAUGGUGGACGGGAAGCCGGUGAACCUGGGCCUUUGGGAUACAGCAGGACAGGAAGACUACGACAGACUCCGCCCACUUUCAUACCCACAGACGGAUGUGUUUCUCAUCUGCUUUUCGCUCGUGAGUCCGGCCUCGUUUGAAAACGUCCGUGCCAAGUGGUACCCUGAGGUGAGACACCAUUGUCCCAACACUCCCAUCAUCCUGGUGGGUACCAAGCUGGAUCUGAGAGAUGACAAGGACACAAUGGAGAAGCUGAAGGAGAAGAAACUCUCUCCUAUCACAUAUCCCCAAGGAUUGGCGAUGGCCAAAGAGAUUGGAUCCGUCAAGUACCUGGAGUGCUCAGCCCUGACUCAGCGUGGCCUUAAAACUGUGUUCGACGAGGCCAUCCGGGCCGUCCUCUGCCCUCCGCCCGUCAAGAAGAAGGGGAAGAAGUGCUCUCUCCUCUAAGACUUCCUCCACUGGAAUGGUUACAGGGGAACAUGACCGCUAAGUGGUGAGGGUGGCUAAAGAUCGCAGGAGAAACGCACCAGUAUACACACAACACAAAAACAAAAAAAACAAAUGUACUUCAGAUUCUUUCCUUCCAUACGUGUAGCUACGGCAGUUAUACCAACCGUUUCCAUGCAAAAUUUGACAUAGGGGUCAGAUUUAGGAGAAAGGGUUGGAAGAUCAUAGACCCUAGUUCUUUCCCAACAACGUAUACUGUAUCGACAAGUGAAAUGAAAUUCUCGAGGCCUUCUUAAAAUGGAUUGGAUGUUUUUUGUAAAAAAAGAAAAAAGCACCGUGGAAUGUUUUCAAUUUGUUCUUCCACUGGUUGUCCGCCUAUUUUUAUUUUGUUUACAGUCUUGUUUGUUUUGAGUGGGAGAAAUAUUGCCAAAUACAUCCUGCAGACGUGCUGUAUUCUGUCGUCUCGAACCUUUUAAACCUUCAAAAAAAAAAAAUAUAUAUAUAUAUAUUCAGCGGACAAUUCGCUGCUGUCGUGUGCCGCUGUUUGUUCAGCUCUACGAUCAAUGGCAUUUAGCGAGGGCAAGUCGUGUGCCGUCGCUUUACCAUCAACUACCAUCUGUGAAGUUCCUUCUUUGUUUCUUUUUUUUUUGCCUCAAAUUAGUUAGCUGUUUUCAUGUUAAAUCAUUCUCGUGUAUCAAAUGAUGCCUGAGACUUACAGAAAAUCCAGACUGGGAACAGAUCUUCCGACACCAACAGUGCUAUUACACCCUUAAAAAAGUUUUUUUUUGAAUGAUUCAGUAUUUUUGUGUUUGGCUCCAAUCGGACCUGUCAGGUUUAUGUUUUGUUUGUUUUUUUUCAUUUUUAUUAUUUCCCCCUAGAAGUGUCUCAACUGUGUAGCUGCCCAGGAGUGCAACGCUGAAAACUUUAUUAGAUAUCGGAUUAGAACUGUUUAGGUGUUUUGGUGGUGGGGAACAAGAGCACCUUUAAUGCUCUGUGGGCAUUUAUCAGAAACCUUUUUGUGCAGCACAUUUGAUUUAUUUUUUAAUAGCAUCACUACUGGCUAAGCAACGUCAGAGCAUUAAUGCCUGCUAAUAACAGUAACAAAGCUACUGUCGGUUAUGGUGUAGUAUACAGUGUACUCAUCUUUUUGUUAUAAUCAUGUGAUUUGACUAUUUUGUAUCUUUCUUCACAGAAGUUACACUUCACUCACUCACUGUAUUGUUAAACUAACACUAUGAAUAUCCUUUGUUUAUUACCUCUACAGUUAACGCUACCUUAAUCUCCCUACAAGCCUAGCUUUUUGUAAUUAAUGCUGAUAGCAUGUAUGUGCAACAUAUACUGAAAACUUAAGAUUAGAAUUGCUACAGUUAUAUUUUUUGCCUAUUUACGAAAUGUAUUUGAACUACUAGAUCAGGGGUUAAGUACAUGUUGCUCAUCUGUAUUGUAUUCAGACAUCAAGCUGUGCUUUAAUUCAAGCCAAUGUUGUGACUCUUUAGUUUUAUGGAUAAAAAGCUAUUGUCACUUUUUGAAAAAGCCAAUAAAUUCAAGUAAAACAGA